CUUCCGCGGCGAGCGCACGCGUGCGUAGCGAUGUGCGUGAACUAAUUAAAAUGCUGACCCGAGUGCAAUUUCAAAUGUGUUAGUGUUCUAAAAUAGUGUUUUACUGUCAACUAUGUCUUCCAAAAUAAUAUUUUUGGGAUGAUUGUGAUUUAUGUUUAGAAGGUUCAAUUCGGGGCGCAAAGUUAUACAAUGACCAUCAGCCUCUCAUGACAGCGACACCCUAGUGAAUACGGCAGAUAUUCCAUCAAGAUGUCUUUCACAAAUAAUUCCUUUUCGAGGACCUACAACCAUUUAUUUGUUGAAUUAGCUGAUCCUCGCACAAACGACUGGUUUCUGAUUACGAGCCCAAUCCCUGGCCUAACCAUAAUCGGUCUGUACCUAUGUUUUACAUUAAAAUGGGGCCCGAGGUACAUGGCCAACAAAAAGCCAUUUCAACUGCAGAAGACUCUGAUUGUGUACAACUUCAUACAAGUUUUGGUCAGCUGUUGGCUAUUUCAUGAGGGGCUUGAAGCAGGCUGGCUCAGAACUUACAGUUGGAAAUGUCAACCGGUUGAUUUCUCCAAAACACCCGAGGCCCUAAGGGUAGCUCGAGGCGUCUACAUUUAUUUUCUAGCGAAAAUGUCAGAACUGCUAGACACAGUUUUCUUUGUAAUUAGGAAGAAGGACAGACAGAUCACCUUCCUCCAUUUGUACCACCACACAGUCAUGCCUAUGAUCUCGUGGGGUUGCACUAAAUAUUACCCCGGGGGUCACGGAACCCUUAUUGGGGUCAUAAAUUCCUUUGUACAUAUCGUUAUGUACACAUACUACAUGUUUGCCGCCAUGGGACCCCAAUUCCAGAAGUACUUAUUUUGGAAGCGUUACAUUACAACUUUGCAGAUGCUUCAAUUCUGCAUUGCUUUCUUGCACUCUUCACAAUUACUGUUCUACGACUGCGGUUACCCUAGAUGGUCUGUUGUGUUCACUUUACCGAAUUCCAUAUUCUUCUAUUACUUAUUCUACGACUUCUACUAUAAAGCUUAUGGUAAAGAUGAAAGUAAGGCGAAGAAGAAAUUAGAGAAUGGAAAUGCAAUAAAUGGUACAGAGACACAAAGAGAAAUAGAACACGUCAAAAAUGAAUAUAAAGCUACCAAUGGAAUCAAGAAUGAAAAGAAUAAUGGGAAGAAAGUCGAUUAAAAUGAUCUAGGUUACAUAGUUAUUGUAAAUAUUAUAACAGUUAUGAAUUUAUCUAAAUAUGAACAUUAGAUAAGUGAUUGAAUUAAGCAAGAUGAAGUUAAAACAUACGGAUUUUUGUUUGGUACUGAAAAUUAAGAUUAGGUUACAUAGGUUUGGUUAUUUUUUGGAAAGAUGUUCACAAAGUGUAACAAGUUGUGUAUUGUAAUGUACUAAUUACUAGUAUUAUUAUAUGCUUUGAUAUUUUUUAAAUGAAUGCAAUUGGACAAAGUCAAACUAAAGCAUUUAAAAUCAUAGAUCGUGCAAAAUACAUGAGUAAUUUAAUUUAGAUAUUUCUAAUUAUGCAAUUUACAGUUGUUUACAAAAUUAGUAGUCGCAAAGCAAUGUAAUUAUCGAUAUAAAAUUUCGUUACUUGAUAUUUGAAAUGCUUAAACUUUUCUCUGUUCACUAUUUAGUCGAUUAUAUUUAUUUUGUUUAAUUCCGCUUCUAUUAGUAUGUGCUAACUUCGACUGAUAAUAAUAGCGGUCAAUCUUCUAAUGUUGGCAGUCACGCACAUACUAAUGGUAGCGGAAUUAAACAAAAUAAUUGUAAUCAACAAACCAAUUAUAUAGACUUCUA